AGUGUUUUCUGUGGAAGAAGAUAUAGCCGACGAGUUCUGGCCGCAGCCCCCGCCGCCAUCGGAUACGCAGCCCCCGCCGCCAUCGGAUACGCAGCCCCCGCCGCCAUCGGAUACGCAGCCCUCGCCGCCAUCGGAUACGCAACCCCACGCGUCGGAGCUCGGAACCGGGUCCCCUCAUUCCUCCUCCUACGGGACGAUGAACAGCUGGUCCUCUGAGUGGAAUGUCCAGGGCUUUCUCCAGGAUGGCUCCAUCAUUGAUCAGAACAUUCCUCAGGCGCUUCCGAAUGACAAUCUGAAGACUUCUGGUGCAGCAGCUGCGGCGAAGGUAAUAGAGACGAGUAAUAAUUAUACAGAUGCGGUGGCGUCUCUCAUGCCGAUACCUGCCUUGAUUUAGCUUGUGCUGCCGUAGGUUUGACCAGUGUUUGUGUCAAUGCUUUUCGAGUUUCCGCUCCUUUGGUGAUUCCUUGUUUUCGAUUUUUACAGCUGAAUUAGUGUUUAAUUUUUGAAAAUGCCAAUGCUAAAGAAGAUUUUUCGAAUUUUAUCCAUUGGUGCUUGUAUUCUUGCCUCUCAGUAAUUCCACUUUUCUGCUCUGUAAUAAAGGGUCAUCAUAAUGUACGUCCUACAGUCCUUUCACUUCUUUCCUUGUGACUUAGUAUUACGUGCUCCGCUUUCCACUUAGGUCGUUGUCAACUAUGGUUAUUUUUCCAUCCUCUCUCACUUGGAGCAAGUGAAAGUGAACUGAUGGAAUAGUUGACUUUGGUAAUGUUGUAUGCUCAUUUGCUAUCUUAUGUGCUAGGCAAAUAACAUCAGGCCUCAAAAUUCAGCUGCCAUGCCGCCUUGCAAGGGUUCAUUGGUCUCUAAUUCAUUUGAACAAGGAUCACAGGUACCAUCUAAAGGAUCUGUACAUAAUUUGCCAAUGGUGCAAGAGGAGGCUAGAUUACCACCUGGUAUACCAUCCUUGCCUGCAAUGCAGAAGAAAUCUGCUACACAGGCUUGCUCAACAAUUAGUGGGUCAGAGCAGUCAGAUGAUGAUGAAGCAGAGGGAGAAGGCGAAGCUGAAACAACUCAGCUCGGGGACCUAGCAGAUGUGAAACGUGUGAGAAUGAGAUCUAACAGAGAAUCAGCUAGACGUGCCAGGAGUAGAAAGCAGGCCCAUCUGACAGAACUGGAUACGCGGGUUUCUCAGUUGAAAAUUAAAAAAACAUCUUUGGAGGAUCGUUUGACAGAUGUGAGAUGUAAAUACAAUGAGGGUUUGAUUGACAACAGAGUCUUGAAAGCAGAUGUUGAGACACUAAGAGCAAAGGUAGCAGAUGUUAGAAUUUAAAUUGAAGUGAUUUUUUAGAUGUGGCAUUACUUCCCCCCCCCCCCCCCCCCUCUCCGGCAACACUACUGUUUGCAGGUUAAGAUGGCAGAGCAAAGAGUUAGAAGACUAACAGGUUUGGAUCCUCUAUAUCAAGCAACAUCUGACAUGUCCAGAGUCAGCAUGCAAUCCUUUGUUGGCAGUCGUGCUGCACCAUCAAUUGAUGCUUGUGCCGCUCUACUGAUGUGUAAUGAUUCCAGCCAUAUCUUUUAUCAGAGCCCAUCAAAUGCUCUCACCCAGCCCCUUGAUCAUCCAAGUCCAGAACAGCUUGGUAGGAAUUCUGAAAAUAGAUAACUCCGAGUCAUGACAACACCCCAGCAACUGCAGCAUCAAUGCAGCAGGUGGCUAGCUUGGAUCAUGUGCAGAAUCAAUAUCCUGGAUAAGUAGGGGUGUUUGUGGAAAUCCGCAUGCACAGUGAAUGAUGUUGAAUUCAUUUUUAAAAAGUUCAAUUAAUUAGUUGUUAGGAAAGAUACAUAUUUUAGGUGUUGUACCGUCUGUAUGCUUUAGAGAAGAGAGAAUUCCCUAAAUAGGAGUAAAAACGUUUUGAAAUUCCAAAACCGGAGUAUCAUGUUUUUUAUUCUCUAAAUAGAAGUUAAAUUUCUACCAAGUUUGACAUUACAAGGCUUUAAACAUGACAUUUUUUUUCAAACUUGGCAGAUUACUCCUAUUCAAGAAAUAAAAAACAUGAUAAAAAACUUGGAUUUUCAAAACGUUUUUACUCCUAUCUAGGAUAAUUUCUGUUGAGAGGAUUCCCAACCUUGGAGCAAAACAUAGAAAUAUGCCAAAAUAGGAGUUCUAUG